AUGGCCUCGCAAUUGUCGUUCAAGUCGAUCAAGUCUGUCGUCCCUCUCUUGGACCGUGUGUUGGUCCAGAGGUUCAAACCUGAUACCAAAACUGCCUCGGGAAUCUUCCUUCCAUCGAGCGCAACCUCGAGUCCUUUGCCCGAGGCCACAGUCAUUGCCGUCGGUCCUGGCGCACGGAACAAGAAGGGAGAGAUCAUCCCUCCGUCUGUCAAGGCUGGUGAUCGAGUUCUGCUUCCUGGAUGGGGUGGCAACUCCAUCAAGUUGGGCGAAGACGAAUACUUCCUCUUCAAAGACUCUGAGAUCCUCGCCAAAAUCAAAGAAUAA